UCUGCUUCUGCUGUCCUUGUUACGUCAUUCUCACGCAUUACAAUGAGGUUCUACAUCGUCACCGCCUGCCUAGCAGCAUUUCUUGCGUACGUAGUGAGCGAGCGCUGCCACGAGGAUGACGACGUUAGUAUUACAUGCGUGUUAACAGAGUGUUCUGGCAACCACACCAUGAUGAUCUGUGAGCAUAAUGAAUGCACAUGUGCCAUUGACCCACGAGUUCCUUGCAAUAUGAAGGCAGAUUGUGAAAAUGACUUGGGCGUGUGUGGGCAUGAACACCACGGACCCCACCAUGGACCCCAUGACGACAAGAGGGCCCCACAUGAUGAUGACAAGGCAUGGCAUUGUUUGGACAAUUUCUGUAAAUGUUUCUAGUCCACCAUUUGUUUUUUACAAUUAAUUUGAUUAUUUAUUCGGAAUACAUCAAUAGAACACUUGUCUUUUCUUAAAACAUCUUAUCCUCGUUUCUUGCAAUCUAUGCUUUUUAAGCUUGGAAUAAAGAAACUCUUGAAAUCA